AUUUCACUUGCUUUGGGAUAGGCGCGUCGUCCAUGUGGCUUUGACCGUUACUGCCUUGUGGUUGUCUCAAGUAGUUCUGUUCAUGAGAGAAGACGAAGACAAUUCUUCGAACUGUGCUUGAUGGUUGUGGAACUUUCUCAUUCAAAACUGAGAAAUCGAGCCGCUCCACAUAUCCAGGAAUUCUCUUUUUUCCUUCUGCAUGAUUACUAUGCUCCCUGUUGUCUCUUGAAAGCUUCGAAGUUCGCCGAAAUGAGCUGCUGACAUUUGCGCAGGCUGCGGAGGCGGCGGCGGCACAAUAUGGCUGUUUACCACCGCCGCGACUUCAAAAUCAACGCCCGUUUGGAAUCGAUCGUUUGGAACAGAUCUUUCGUGCAGACACCGAAUGUCGUCUCAUGGAACUCUUCCUCUUCCAUUUCAGACAGACUGGGAAUACGUUAGAGCAGGUCUUCCUCGGAACCAAAGCGUUUGGUACCAUCGACCCGGCAAAUCUUGAGGCUAUAUUAUCGACGAAUUUCAAAGACAUCGGCAUGGGACCUCGUCGUGAUAUAACAUUUCCCAUGUUCGGCGACGGCAUAUUUACGCAAGAAGGCGCUGCGUGGAAGCACUCCAGAGAUAUGAUUCGCCCACAGCUUAUGUAUAAGCAAUACAGUGACCUCGAGCUUUUCCGAGAGCCCGUCGACGAUCUUAUACAGAACGUCGAAGAGAGCGGUGGAAUUGUAGACUUGCAGGAGCUUUUUUUCCGCAUGACUCUUGAUGUGACCACUGCAUUCUUGUUUGGGGAGUCGGUUCGAAGCCUUAAAGCGCCUGAUUCCACAGGGGAGCAAACUUUCGCAGAUGCGUUCAACACUGCUCAAUCUUACGUCGUUCAGAGAUUUCGCCUUCUGGAUUUGUAUUGGCUGAUAGGCGGAAGCAAGUUUCGAAAAGCUUGCAGUGAUGUCCAUCGUUUUGCAGAUCAGAUCAUAGAGCGCAAUCUUUCAAGAGACCGCACCAAGGAUAACCAAGGACAGUAUGUGUUCCUCGACGCCAUUGCUGAACAUGCGCCGGAUCGAACUGCUCUGAGGGGCCAAAUAAUAAACAUUUUAGCCGCAGGCAGAGAUACGACCGCCUGUCUUCUUUCUUGGACAUUUUUCCUGCUAGUCAGGCAUCCGCAAGUGAUGCAAAAGCUACGAGCUGAGAUAACACAGUAUAACAAAGAAAAUCUCGACAGAAACGACUUGCGUAACAUGCCGUACUUGCAAAAUGUUUUGAAAGAAACAUUGCGCCUGUACCCUUCUCUCCCAGUAAACACUCGAACAGCAAUAAAAGACACGAUACUUCCAACAGGAGGCGGCCCGGAUCGCAAGUCUCCGGUAUUCGUUCCCAAAGGUUCAGCGAUUGCCUACAGUGUGUACUCCAUGCAUAGAAGGCCGGACCUCUACGGCAUGGACGCAGAAUUAUUCCGCCCUGAACGAUGGGACGAGGACAUGCCACUGAACAAAGAUCCCACCAACGCAAAGUGGGGUUACCUGCCAUUCAACGGGGGACCAAGAAUAUGUAUUGGAAUGGACUUUGCGCUUACAGAAGCAGCCAUCACGGUUGUUCGACUCAUACGGCGAUUUCCAAACAUGAAGUUGCCGGAGGGGGAAACGGUGGAACUGGUCGGAGUGGAAAAGCAGACGACAACGCUGGUGGUGUCGAUCACGAAUGGAUGCAUGGUCGACGUCGGCAGCGAUUUGCAGAGAUGAUAAGAACUCUCGUAUCGUGGUAAACGGAUGAUUUUUUUUUCCCGCUAGAUUAAUCUCCACAUAAAGAUUUGAAUCUGAGUAGAAACUUGGCUAGCCCUGCUUUAAAGUGGUCUCGGUCUUGUCAACGUAUUCGUGUGACAAGGAAGUCCACGUGGAGUCAACAUGUACAAUUCAUACGGGUCCUGCUACCAUACAAGCCUAUUUAGGAUAUCUUCUACCGAAAUCGAAAAUUCCACAUCAAAUCGUC